AUGAAGCGGCGCAAGCUGGUCGCGGGGGGUCUCUCCGCGACUCCAGUCGCAGUUGCGCCAGUCGCACGCCUGUUUCCGCUGCUUUUCGCAGCGGCGGAUGCGGGGCGCGUGACGCUGCAGGACUUGAUGCAAACGCGGCGCCGGCAAUAUCCGCCCGAGCCGCAUACCGAGCCACGAGACGUAUCCCGCCGCACUAGUCGAGACUCUGUUUCAUCCGAACCACGACUGGCCAGAACACCGACUACUUCGACAUCAAAUGCGCACGCUCAAGAACGACCGCGCAAAAAGACAGAUUCGAUGGUGUUGCCUUCUGGGUCCACCGUGCGCGAGUUGAUGCAGAGCGCAGCGCAGACUUUUUCGGAAGCUGUGCAUACGGAGCGUCAUGAGCACUCCAGCAAACCGUCGCAGCAAGAAGCGGAAUAUCAGUGGAAGCCACACCAGGAGACGCGGCGGGAGCGGGAACGGAAGCAGAGGGAGUCUACUGCGGGUGCGAAUGCCGAUGGGUCCGAUGCGGUGGACCAGUUUUCCCCGUCCGUUGCCCCACCACGAAAGCUCUCGCCUGAAACUGCAACUACCGAGCCGGCUAGUGCGCAAAUAAGUGCUUGGUCCGCGGCGCCCGCAAUGCAUGGGCAGUUUCAUCGUAUUCCGGGUGAGGAUGGGGAUGUGAUUAUCAUUUGUAAAAACGUCCCCACCCCAUAGUCAAGUUUGGAAAUCUGCAAGACAAAUCGACAAGCUUUGGCUGCUGCGCAUGACAAGUUUGGCUUCGCAGUGUAGUCCUGGUCAGCUAGUUAAGCAGCAUCACAAAUCCAUCUGCUCAUCCCGUUUACAGCAUUGCAAAUUCCAAAACGCGAUUGGAAAUGCCUCUCAUGGAGAUGCGCAUUACAAAUCUUCCUGUGAUCGCAAAUCUGCAUGACAACUAUGGGGUGGGGACGUUUUUACAAAUGAUAGUGAUCCAGACGCAGACGGGUGAGAAGCUGCGGUUGACCGUGUUGAAAGUGGCGAAAAAUAAUAUGCGGAGAAGAACUACUGGUAGUGAUGGUCGUGCGCCGGACCGGCAACUGAGUGGCGGGAGCAGCUCCGCAGAAGCGCAGCGGGUGUGGGCACUGCGCAACGGGAUUCCGUUACCCAACCCCGAGUGCGCCAACUAUCACACCGAUCGCACUAAGUGUCGUUCCACGCCCGGGUGCACCUUCGAGAGCGAGGACCAGUACUUCACGCAAUGUCUUCCCACCAGCUUGGGCUGGCGCGUCGCCGAAGUUGAAUUCUAUUCCAACGAAGGUUCGCUUGAAAGCGCUUUUAGAAUCAAAAGAGCAACAUGAUCAUCAAAGCGAUAAUUCCUGUUUUGUCAUCAAUUGCCGGCGAAGUGUUCGCUUUCCCGGUCAGCCUCCUGGUGUCCUGCUUGGUUUGAUUUAGGCCCUUGAAUAAAACAUUUGCGCGGUUAAUGCGGUGUCGAAUGAAAACAGCAAUUUUGUAUAUAAGUGAAUUUACUCACAUGCCGAAGCUUGUUUUAGCGAGACGCUGGUAAAAAAUCUGCUCCAGCAUCUUCACAGGUUGUACCGCGCUGCUGACACCCGUGAGCUUCAAGUCGGAGCCGGUGCAGGAGCGGCAGGAGUGCGAGGGGCUGGAAACGGACGAGCGUUCGGGGGGGAAGGGGAAGCCCACGGGCUACUGCAAGUGUCGGGAGACCACGGGCUCCAGCCGGGCGGGUGCCAACAAGGCGUUUGACGGGUUCACCAACACGGUCUGGGUGGCCCCCUGUUGCAACUGUGGGAAGCGCGAGGCCGCGCUCGGCGUGGACUUUGGGACGCCCGAAGUGGUUAUCAAAUGUACUUAAAAAUGUCUGGGUCUGGAAGAAUGCAACUUGUGAUGCUGCGUUUGGAUUCCAAAAAAAUCUGUAUUGCAUGAGUACCAAAGGGAAUGCAAUUUUUGCUACGCUGAGAAGGCAUUUGUCAUGCGGAAUAGGCAUCAAGAAGCCUUCAAAAAAUCUGUAUUGCUAGGGUAUGCAUCGCAGACAUCAUGGCUCAUGCAAAACGUGCAUGACAAAUCGCGCAUUCUUCCAGACCCAGACAUUUUUGCAUUUGAUAGUGGUGCAGUGCGUGCGGAUCUGGCAGGUGGAAGGCUACUUCUCCCCGAACAUCACGCUGGCGCGCGAGGGCACGUCCCAGGCCCGCGACAAGUCGCUGUGGUCCAACGUGUAUCAAAUGCAAAUAAGUAUGUCUGGGUCCUCUGGAAGAAUGCAAAGUUUGGCACGCAGGUUUUCCAUGACCUAUGAGGUCCAUGCCGAGCCUAGGAUGACAGAUUUUGCUCUCUAUCAUGCCGUUGCAUCUGUGCAUGCGAGACUGCCUGUCAAAUUGGGCAAAAUGGAACAGCUCUUGGUCACCAUGCAGCACAGAGUUUUGCACGAUUUCCAGACUUAGCAUGACAGGUUGCAUUCUUCCAGACCCAGACAUAAGUAUUUGCAUAUGCAUAACGUGAUCACGUGGGGCGAGAUGGACGCCUCGGGGCUCCCGAAAAACGAGGAAAGCAGCGGGAUACAAACCGCAUUGAAGGACGCGAUCAAGUUUUCCAUCGUGCACAACACACACUGCCGCCGGUUCAUCUUAUCAAAUGUAAAAAUGUCUGGGUCUGGAAGAUUGCCAGGUUUGUCAUGCACAUUUUGCAUGACUCCUGAUGUCUGUGAUGCAUGCCCUAGCAUCACAGAUUUUGUGAGGGCUUCCUGAUGCCUAUACCGCAUGACAAAUGCUCUUUCCGUGUAGCAAAACUUGGACUCUCUUUGCUGCUCACGCAAUACAGAUUUUUUUAAAAUCCAAAAUCAGCAUGACAAGUUGGAUUCUUCCAGACCCAGACAUUUUUACAUUUGAUACAUCUACGGGCCAAUGUACACCGAGAUGGAGCGCGCGCGUAACUACUGCAUUUCCUAUCACACAGAAAAAAGCUGGCAGGGCAUAUUUGUAAUGCAAAAAUAAAUAUACAGAAAGAUCUGUCAUGCGCGGCCUCAUAGCAUGCUAUUUAGGACACGCAAUGCAGAUUUUUCUGUGUAUUCAUUUUUGCAUUACAAAUAUGCCCUGUCAGCUUUUUUCUGUGGGAUAUUUCCGAUCCGGUACUUAUACUAGCACUAGCGAGCAAGAUAUAUUGAUCGAAUUCGAAGGCAACAUGUUGUUUGUGCCGCAGCAUAAAAGCCCAAUCUUUCGAAAUUUUCUUAGAGUCGAUGAGCGUAGAAGUUGCACCAAAACGCGUUCCACUACUACGUACAGCUCUGCGGCGCGGUGUACGAGUAUUCCUGCUCCGAGUGGGAGUAUACCGUGCAAAUCACCUCGGCCGACGAACUGGACCAGUUGGCCACGGCACUCUCCCCGGCCCCGCGUCCGCACGAGCCCGCGAGUUCGGUGACGGGGACCACCACGGUCUCCACCCAACGGUUCUACCCGGUGGUGGACUAUCCCAAGAUCGUGAACAAGGUGCACCUGGUGCGGCACAGCCGGCUGCUGGCUCCGUUGAACAGCACCCGGCAGCUGGCCCGGCCCGACCCGAAGGCGGACCCCUUCCCGGCCUUUACCGCGGAACUGAGCGUGAAACCGGGGUACGGCAAGCUGCAGUUCUGCGCGGUAGACUAUGUGUCCGACGUGUCCGACGAGGGCUCGUGUCUGCACCACAAAACGGGCGCCCUCCUGGAGUUUCGAACCUACACCAACCUGAUGGCCGCGCCGGAAAAGUACCAGUACCGGCAAUUGCACUGCGCCACGCCCACAGACGGCGGAUGUUCGGCUUCCAAGUGCGCCGAGCAGUGUCUCCUCGCGGCACCGACGGUCUGCAGCGCGUUUCAGUACGUGGCGCGCCGCAACGGAGAACGCCAGACGCUGUGCCAGCUCGUAUUUUUCGAAUCGCUGUUUCGUAGCCUUCUUGUUUUCAUGCAGCGGGCGAUUUUUGCCACUAGCUGAACCAACGAGAGUCAUUCUGAUUUUUAUUUACUUGUAUCCCAGCAGAGUAUCGCAUUUUGCAAAGCGACAGUCGUGUGACGCGAGAGAAGCGGCGUGUGGGAAUCAUGCAGUGAGUAAAAUCCUACCAUGAUAUGUGCUACACUAUUCUUCCUUUGGUGAUGGUAUCCACUAUUGUGACAGUGCCGUAAGCACGCAUACACUACGAAAAAAAAAACAGCUAACGCUGCCGCCCUACCCAGACUUCGCACCACCAGCAGGAUUGUUGCGACUGGAUGGCACGCUGGAUGUGACGGAUUUCUACUACCGGUAUCUCAGCGUAAACGACACGGCAACAGUGGAGAAAGCCGGCGGAACAUGGAGCAGCGGUGCGGAAGGCAGAAAAGGGCAUCUCGUUUUAUGGACAUGGAGCGCGUUUGUCGUCAGUGUUGCCGUGAUCUUUGCAAGCAGCACUUCUAAUCUCUUCGUCUGCCUCUAAGUACUAGCUGAAUACGACGUCAUGGAGUACUUCUAGUGUCUCAUGUCAUUUUGUUAGCUGAGUGGUCUGAGUGAGUCUAAGUGCGUAAGUGAAGAACUUUUUUCAAAAGAGCUAGUAAGUAAUGCUUAUUUGCAAAAAAUAAAUAUCGAAUACUAGAAAACGAAAAAGAACGGAAGAAACCGAUCAUGAAAAUAUAGGUGACUGAAAUUGCCAGGAAGCAUUCGAAUUGCAAAUCGUCUAGCAAGAUAGGAAGGAACGUUCCCUAGUGAGAAAUUGUCAACCAAUGCGGCGUGUGCUUGCAUUGCGCAGCGAUAGAAGGA